AUGCCCACCAUUCAUCGAAAAGACGCUCAAGAAUUGGCCGCCAGUGCCAUGUCAUCUAUUCUUGACGCUCAUAAUGUGAACCAUGCAUUCAUUGGCGGUUUUACUGUGGGAACACUUAGAGGCGAUCGCCCCACUGGAUUUAACGUGGAGCUCGAUAUUAAUGCCAACGGACAUAUUGACAUUGUCCUCGAUAACGUGGAACCUCGACAUAUAUUGACGUGGAGCUUGACAUUGAAUUUGCCGCCCGUAAGCAAGUUUCACAGCAUCUUAUCGCCGCCGAUUCACGCUUCUCUAUGCAAGGCACCAAGCUUCGCCCCCAACCUUGACGAUGAUGAGUCCGCAGACGAAGUCGAUCAAUAA